AUGGAUGAUUUCCCUGGUCUGUUAGCCCGCGACUUCGGGUACAAACCCCAAGGCAAAUCCGCACCUAUGGCUCCACCUCGGAACACAAACAGUGAUAAUAGCAAUUUCAACCUUGGAUCUGGCGGUUCCGUUCGCACCCGAUCCUCCUCCUCCAACAAAUCAGCUCCUAUUUUCGACGAUCACGCCGGCACUGACGGUCUCUUGUUCAACAACGUCUUCGAUGGUCCUAAGUAUUCAGAAUCACGCGGGGGAGCUUCCACCACUACAUCGUCAUUUGAUUAUGACUCCAUUUUCAAGGACCAGAAUUCCAAAUCGGCGUCGCUGCCGAUUUAUGAUAAGCCUGUUUAUGAUGAUGAUAUUUUUGAUGGAUUGCCUGGGUUGAAGAGUUCGACUUCUAGCGGUAGUUCUGCAUCGGCUCCUAAGUUUGAUGAUGUGUUUAGUUCGGUCAGUUCACCACCGAAGCAGCAUCGAAGGCCGCCGGGGCGAGAUAGCUCGCCGUUUGAUGAUCUAUUGGGGAAUUUAGGUAAAACGGAGACAGAAUCCUCGAAGAGAGAGAGUGGUAAAGUGGAGAAGGAUUCUGUGGCUUUCGAUGAUUUACUUCCUGGUUUUGGUCGCAGCAGCUCUCCUAGUGUUAACCGGUCAACUUCUGAGUCUGGUCGGUCCCAAAAGCCUUCUUCAAAUUCAGUCAGGUCAGUUCCUGUUGUGGUGGAAGAUCCCUUUGUAGUCCUACAGUCAACUUCAACGCCUGCAACUUCAUCAUCAGGGUUGUUUGUAGACCCAUUGGAAGAAAUUAGUAAAAUCAGUAACACUGGAACCACAAAGGAUGGUUCACCUGUAAGUAGGGGAGUAUUUGAUGAUCUAGAUCACCUUGAUGAUCUAGGGAAAUCUGUGCCUCCUGAGAUCAAGAGAGGGGAGAAUAGGAGCCCUCUAAGAACAGAACCUAGGACAGGUGGUGCAUAUUCCUCUGUGAGUAAAGAAUCAAUUGACAAAUAUCCCGUGGAGAAUGCUGGGGGCCACUCGCAGAAGAAGACACCUGAGGAUUAUCAGGAAUCUCAUGAAGCCAUAUUUGAUAUGCCAACUGCUGCAACAGAUUUUCGUAGAUCCUUUGGUCAGAAUGUCUCUCCUCCUUCAUACGUGGAUGCCAAUGCUAAUGAGAUAAAUUCCUCUCCCAGAUAUGAAGAGGUCUCAGAAUCAUCUGAUGAUGUAUGGCUUACUGUGUCCGAAAUCCCUCUAUUUACUCAACCCACUAGCGCCCCACCACCUUCAAGACCCCCACCUCCAAGACCACCCCGGAUGUCGAAGUCGGAGAUUGGUUCCUUUUCUUCUACAAACUCUAGAAAGAAGGUCAAUGAGUAUCCUUCUUUCCAAAAUUCCAGUUCAUACUCUCAAAGUCCUAGAUCUGAUCAUGCAGCAAGGAAUUCAGUUACUUCUCAAAUCGAUGAACUUGAGGAUUUUGUCACGGGAAGGGCUCAAAAUAAUGUUAAUGAAUUUGCAGAUGUUCUAUCCGGUGAUGAAGCAGAUAAAACUUCCUCUGCUGCUGCUUCUGCUGCUAUGAAGGAGGCCAUGGAUAAAGCAGAGGCCAAAUUCCGUCAAAUGAGGGAGAGGGAAUAUCUAAAGGUUGCUAGAAAUAAAGAAGCUGGUCAGCUGGAUAAAGAUAUGCAAGAUGCUCAGCAGAGAGAAUUAAAAGAAAGACAAGAGAGAUUUGAUCGUGAGAGACAACAGAGGGAAAGGGAGGAGGAAGAGAGAGAGCAGAGAAGAUUUGAGAAAGAGAGGGAGAGAGCUCGUGAAGUUGAGAGGGAAAGGGAGGAAAAAGAAAAAGAGCAAAGGAGGCUUGAAAGAGAGAGGGAGCGGGCAAGGGAGAUUGAGAGGGAAAGGGAGAAGGCCAGACAAGCAGUGGAGAGGGCUACUAGAGAGGCACGUGAAAGAGCAGCUACUGAAGCUCGCCUGAGAGCAGAAAGGGCUGCUGUGGGGAAAGCAACUGGUGAAGCUCGAGAGAGAGCAGAAAGGGCUGCCGUGCAGAGAGCACAAGCUGAAGCCCGUGAAAGGGCAGCAGCAGAUGCAAAAGAAAGGGCAGAAAAGGCUGCUGCAGAAGCUCGAGAAAGGGCAAAUGCUGAAGCUAGGGAGAGGGAAGCCCGGGAAAGAGCUGCUGUUGCAAGGGCUGAAGCUGAUGCUCGACUUAGAUCAGAACGAGCUGCUGUAGAAAGAGCUGCUGCAGAGGCUCGAGAAAGGGCUGCUGCUGCUGCCAGGGCAAAUCAACAAAAGAGUGAAAAUGAUCUUGAAUCAUUCUUCAAUUCUCGAGCAACCAGUGCACCAAGACCUAGGGCAAACACUUCGGAUCCUUUCUCUGAUAGCCAGAACAAGGGUGGGCCUGAAGCAGUUAGAAGGACAUCUGUUGGGGCUACAUCUAGCAUGAGGAAAGCAUCUUCAACAACGAAUAUUGUUGAUGAUUUAACUUCACUUUUCGGAGGAGGAGCUGCAUCAUCUGGAGAGUUCCAAGAUGUCGAAGGGGAAACUGAAGAAAGGCGAAAAGCCCGAUUGGAACGCCACCAGAGGACUCAGGAACGUGCGGCAAAAGCACUGGCUGAGAAGAAUCAACGUGACCUUCAAGCUCAGAGAGAACAAGCAGAGAGACAUAGGAUUGCUGAGACAUUGGAUGUUGAGAUCAAGCGUUGGGCUGCAGGAAAAGAGGGGAAUCUCCGUGCUCUGCUUUCAACACUCCAAUAUGUGCUAUGGCCUGAAUGCGGAUGGCAGCCUGUUUCUUUGACCGAUUUGAUUACUGCUGCUGCAGUUAAAAAAGUUUAUAGAAAAGCAACUUUAUGCAUACAUCCUGAUAAAGUGCAACAAAAAGGCGCGAACCUUCAACAAAAAUAUGUUGCUGAGAAAGUGUUUGACUUACUUAAGGAAGCAUGGAACAAGUUCAAUUCAGAAGAGCUUUUCUGA